GCAAACUCCAUUCCGCGGUUUUAUCUCGUCGCGAAGCGUCCACGUCGCGAUGGGUGGAGUGAGUUUCUCUUAUGCACACGUAGACUAAACCACCAAAUCAGUCCGAGAUCACACGUCAGCUGGUCACAAACCUCCAGGAUCUCUUUCGCUCCGAGUUUCUGUAAUAAAUCAGCAGCGAAAGAUGGUGGCGAAGCAGAGGAUUCGCAUGGCGAAUGAGAAACACAGCAAGAACAUCACUCAGAGAGGCAAUGUGUCCAAAUCCACGAGAGUCUCUCAAGAAGAGAAGGCAGUCGUGGGACCUUGGCUUCUUGCCCUGUUCGUGUUUGUAGUGUGUGGAUCAGCGAUAUUCCAGAUCAUUCAGAGCAUCAGGAUGGGAAUGUGAGCGGUCGUCAGCGUUGUUCUCUUCUCCCGGCGUUCCUGGAGAUCACUUGAUCAUUCCUGUUUUCGUAUUUAAUCGAUAUCUUUCAUCACAACACAGUCUCUCGCGCCCAACUCAAGAACAUUAUCUUCUGAAACAUCCCAGUGUGGGACUUCUGUCAGUAUUGCUGCUGAAUCCGAGGCGAUAAACUCAAACUGAGUAUGACUGUUUGAACUUUUUCUGUGGAAAAACAAAAAACAUUGAAUUUUCUGUGUUUUAGGAUUUGGACCGGUUCAUGUUCAUUCGGUACUGUGCACCUUUGGUUGGAGUUUUUUUUGUUCUUCGAUUGUUCGCUCAAGGAAAUGAAGGUCCACAUGUUCAGCUGCAUGUGUAGAGAACAUGAAAAAUAAUAAAAAAGACUUUUAAAAUGUC